GGCAACGCUAACAUUAUCAAAAAGUACAUGACGUGUAAAGAAUUUGUGUGGCCGAUUAAUUUAAUGUGAAAAGAGAAUUGACUAAAAAAUAUAAGAAAAUAAAUGUUUUAAUUUCAAUUGUGGACUUUAUUAACUCUCAACCGCAUAUCUACAUUAAGAACAAAAGAAAGAUUUCCACAAACACACACAAAAAUGUUGACAAACUUCGAAUCGAAAUCGGCACGAGUCAAAGGCUUGUCUUUCCAUCCCAAAAGGCCAUGGAUCUUGGCAAGUUUGCAUAGUGGUGUAAUCCAGUUGUGGGAUUAUCGUAUGCACACCUUGUUGGAAAAGUUCGAUGAGCACGAUGGCCCAGUGCGUAGUGUGGCUUUUCACCAACAAAUGCCACUGUUCGUUUCCGGUGGCGAUGAUUACAAGAUUAAAGUAUGGAAUUACAAGCAGCGACGUUGCAUUUUUACGCUAUUGGCUCAUUUGGAUUAUGUACGAACAGUGGCAUUCCAUCAUGAAUAUCCCUGGAUUUUGAGUGCAUCCGAUGAUCAAACUAUUCGCAUUUGGAAUUGGCAAUCGCGUAAUUGUAUUUGUGUAUUGACCGGACACAAUCAUUAUGUGAUGUGUGCCCAGUUCCACCCAACAGAAGAUCAAAUUGUUUCGGCUUCUUUGGAUCAGACCGUGCGUGUCUGGGAUAUUUCGGGUUUGAGGAAGAAGAAUGUGGCUCCAGGACCGGGAGGAUUGGAUGAACACCUAAAGGGUCAUCCAGGAGCAACAGAUCUUUUUGGCCAAGCCGAUGCUGUGGUUAAACAUGUUCUGGAGGGUCAUGAUCGUGGUGUAAAUUGGGCUAGUUUCCAUCCCACAUUGCCACUUAUAGUAUCCGGUGCCGAUGAUCGCUUGGUGAAGUUGUGGCGCAUGAAUGAAUACAAAGCUUGGGAAGUGGACACAUGCCGUGGCCAUUACAACAAUGUGUCAUGUGUCCUGUUCCAUCCACGUCAAGACCUCAUCAUUUCGAAUGGUGAAGAUCGCAGCAUUCGUGUUUGGGAUAUGACCAAACGCCAGUGUUUGUAUACAUUUAGAAGAGAUGGAGAACGUUUCUGGAUUCUUACUGCCCAUCCCACACUCAAUCUUUUUGCCGCCGGCCACGAUGGAGGCAUGGUUGUUUUCAAAUUGGAACGUGAGCGCCCCGCUUAUGCUGUACAUGGCAAUAUCUUGUACUACGUGAAGGAUCGUUUCUUGCGCAAACUUGAUUUUACCACUACCAAGGACACAGUGGUUAUGCAAUUGCGAGGUGGUGGCAAAUCACCGGUUCAUAGCAUGUCCUACAAUCCAGCAUUGAAUGCAGUUCUUUUGUGUACACGUACCAACAAUUUGGAGAACAGCACAUAUGAUCUGUGUCAAAUCCCCAAGGAUGCAGAAUCUCAAAGUGAAAAUGAUAGCAAACGUUCAUCGGGCAUAACAGAUUGGGUAGCCCGUAACAGAUUUGCUGUACUCGAUCGCAAUCAGCAGCUUGUCAUCAAGAACUUCAAGAAUGAAGUUACCAAAAAGAUCCCCACAUUCUGCGAAGAGAUAUUCUAUGCCGGUACUGGUAUGCUGCUUAUUCGUGAUCCUGAAUAUGUUACCUUGUACGAAGUGCAACGUCUCGUGUCUGUGGGUUGCAUUAAGCUACCCAAGUGUCGUUAUGUAGUCUGGUCUCCGGACAUGUCUUUGGUGGCUUUGUUGUGCAAGCAUUCAGUCACCAUUUGCGAUAGACGUUUACAGUACCUCUGUACCAUACAAGAAAAUUGCCGUGUUAAAUCGGGAGCCUGGGAUGAUUCAGGUGUCUUCAUUUAUACCACCAGUAACCAUAUCAAGUAUGCCAUUACAAAUGGAGAUCACGGUAUUAUUAGAACAUUAGAUUUGCCCAUUUACUUGACACGUGUCAAGGGUAACCAGGUCUUCUGUUUGGAUCGUGAAUGCCGGACUCGCGUACUUCAUAUAGAUCCUACCGAAUACAAAUUCAAAUUGGCUCUUAUCAAUCGUAAAUACGACGAAGUUUUGCAUAUGGUACGCAAUGCCCGUUUGGUAGGUCAAAGUAUUAUUGCCUAUUUGCAGCAGAAGGGUUAUCCAGAAGUUGCAUUGCAUUUUGUCAAGGAUGAAAAGACAAGAUUUGGCUUGGCCUUGGAAUGUGGCAAUAUUGAAAUUGCUUUGGAGGCUGCCAAGGCUCUGGAUGAUAAGGAUUGUUGGGAGCGUCUGGGUCAAGCCGCCCUCUUGCAAGGUAACCAUCAAAUUGUGGAAAUGUGCUAUCAACGUACCAAGAAUUUCGACAAGCUUAGUUUCCUUUAUUUGAUUACCGGCAACUUGGAGAAGCUUAAGAAAAUGAAUAAAAUUGCUGAAAUUCGCAAAGAUGUUUCGGCCCAAUACCAGGGAGCUUUGGUGUUGGGUGAUGUCAAGGAACGUGUGAACAUCCUGAAGAAUUGUGGCCAAAUGUCCUUGGCGUAUUUGACUGCAGCCACCCACGGUUUUGAUGAACAAGCCAACAAUUUGGCUGAAGCCAUUGCCCAGGAGGGAAAUCCUUUGCCUGAAGUGAAUCCAAAUGCUACUCUGCUAAGACCACCUGUACCAAUUCAACAAGUGGAAACCAAUUGGCCAUUGUUAAGUGUUUCGAAGGGCUUCUUUGAGGGCGCCAUGUUGACACGUGCGAAUACAAGUGCUACAGCUAGACGCUUGAACGUAAAUGCUGAUGCUGCCCUUGAUGUGGGUGCCGGCGAUGGCUGGGGAGCUGAUGCUGAUUUGGGUCUUGAUGAAGAUGGCGAUGAUGAAAUGCAUGAUGCCAUUGGCGAUGAGGGUCUGGAGGGCGUUGCUGAUGAAGGAGCCGGCUGGGAUGUUGGCGAUGAUGAUUUGGUGGUUCCCGAAGAGCUUGCAUCGAAAAUCAAGGCAUCUGCAUUGGAUAGCGGCUACUAUGCUGCUCCCAAUAGGGGUCUAUCUGCACCGCAGCACUGGGCCAAUAAUUCACCCUUGGUUCUGGAUCACAUUAAGUCCGGCUCUUUUGAAUCUGCUUUCCGUUUGUUAAACGAACAAUUGGGUAUUGUCAAUUUCCAACCAUUUAAGGCAUUGUUUAUGCAGAAUUAUGCCUGUGCCUCAACGAGCUUUACUAGCAUGCCUAAUUUGGCAUCACUGUGUGCUUACCCACUACGCAAUACCAAUGAAAACAAUGUGAAACAACAACGUCCCGCAUUGGGUAUUAAAUUAAACGAUUUGGUGCAACGAUUACAGGCUGGCUAUCAAUUGACAACGGGUGGCAAAUUCUCUGAAGCUGUGGAGAAAUUCCAUUCAAUUUUAAUAAGCAUUCCCCUAUUGGUAGUCGAUACCAAACAAGAUAUAGCUGAAGCCCAACAACUGUUGAAAAUCUGCACGGAAUACAUUCUCGGCCUGAAGAUGGAAACUGCCCGCAAAGGCUUGCCCAAGUCUACAUUGGAAGAACAAAAACGUCUGUGUGAAAUGGCUGCAUACUUUACUCACUGCAAAUUGCAGCCUGUACAUCAAAUUCUUACCCUACGUACAGCUCUUAACAUGUUCUUCAAAUUGAAGAACUACAAAACAGCAGCAUCAUUUGCACGCCGUCUAUUGGAAUUGGGUCCACGUCCUGAGGUGGCACAACAGGUGCGCAAAAUUCUACAAGCCUGUGAAGUUAAUCCCGUCGAUGAACAUCAACUGCAAUACGAAGAAUUUAAUCCAUUUAAUAUUUGUGGCAUUAGCUAUAAGCCAUUGUACCGUGGUAAACCCGAUACAAGCUGUCCCUUCUGCGGUGCCUACUAUGAUCCACAAUACAAGGGCAAGCUGUGUGCCGUGUGUGAAGUGAGUGAGAUUGGCAAGGACUCGAUUGGUUUGCGGAUAUCAAAUUUGCAAUUCCGAUAAAUGAUGUUAAAAGCCUACCAACCGAAGAUAAUAGUAUUUAAUAUUUCCAUUUAUUUUCUUUGCCUAAUAAGCCUAUAAAAUCUAUAAUUAUUUGUAAAAUUCGCCCCGAAAAAUAUAAUUUUAUAUUGAUAAAAUUGUUUCAAUCUCCGAACGACAUUCUAUUUCAAUUUUUUAUUGCCGAGUGUUACGAAAACAAAACCUAUAAGGUUCAGAACACAGAAU